AUGAAGCUCUCCAUCCUCUCUUUCGCCGCCUUCGCAGGUUUGACAAUUGCCUCUCCAGUAGCACUCGAUGCUCACACCGACCGUGGCUCCUACACCGUGAGCGGACUCGGCAGCCGCAAGCAAGCCGUCCUCAAUGCUGGAGGAAGCACUCUGGAUCUCGCCAUCGCCAUGUUGGAAACUGACAAUAUGAGUACUAACUACGUCUACGGCGAUGGCAAGGCCCAAGAUGCGGCCAAUUUUGGCAUCUUCAAGCAGAACUGGGGUAUGUUGCGCGUCUGCGCAAGCCGAGUUGGUUUCAAAGGACAGAGCCAGGCGAACUGGAAUGAUGGUGCGAAGCUCAACUCGGAUCUCUACGCCGAUGUUGUAGCCAGAUGGGAUUGCCAGAACUACUACGGCUACGACAAAUGGUUUGCUGGCCAUCGCAAUGGAGCUUCUGGCCUGGCGAACCCGGAUAUUGCAGACAUCAACACCUACAAGUCUGUUGUGCAGUAG